AGGCUGGUGGACUUCCUGGUCUCCUCCAGCGACAAGCUAACGGAGACCAUGUUGCCGCCUCAGUCCAAGGCUACCGCCCGCGCGCGCUUCGACCACCCCGCCUUGAGGGACAUGAGCCUGCCACCCGAGGUGCGGGUGAGGAUCGAGCAGAUGAAGCCACCGCCCGUGGGUGGCAGGUACUGGGACCCUGACGGCAGCCACGAGCAGCCCGUGGCCGAGCCCAUGGCAGGGGGCGCACCUCCCGGCGGCCUUGGCGACCCAGCGGCGUUUCGCGACGCUCCCUUCCCCGACGGCCCCGGCGCCCCAGCCUCGCUCCCCGCGACCGCGAGCCUCUACGGCCUCGGCGACCCGGCGGCGGCCUGCGCUGACGCUGGCCCGAUCCCCGGCCUCGGCGCCCAGGCGUUCUGGGACGGCACGCUCCCCGAGGACCCGGAGGCCCCGUGGGCCUUCGACGAGAGCACCGCGGUCGAGGCGGAGCGCCUCGCCAGCAUGGACGGCCCCACCCGCGAGGCCGCCGACGCGGCCCUGCACGGCUGCUCGCGCGAGCCGAGGCCAGCGGGCUGGCCCAGCUCGGACGCGGAGCUGGACGCCGCGCUGCCGCCCGGGGCCGCCUGGCCGCCCCCGCCCCCGCCGGGCUGCACGCCACGGCAGGCCUCGGAGCACAGCCACCUGGUGGCCAGCAAGCUCUGCAGGAGGAUGCCCGACCCGUCAAGCGGCCUUUGCUACAACCCCGACACGACGGAGAUCGAAUUUCACUUCGUGGACAGCGGGCCCGACGGCAUCGCCCCCCCACCGAAGAUGUCGGUGGCCGACUUGAUCCGUGUGCCGGCGGAGGUAGUGGCACAGAUGCAGCAGCAAGAGCAGUUGCGGUUGCAGCAGCUGCAGCAGCUGCAGUGGCAGCAGCAGCAGUUGGAGCUGCAGCAGCAGCAGCUGGAGCAGCAGCGGCUGGAGCGGCAGCAGCUGGAGCAGCAGCAGCAGCAGCAGCAGCAGCAGCAGCAGCAGCAGCUGGAGCGACAGCAGCAAAAGGAGCCGCAAGUGCAGCAACGGUGGAAUGACGGCCAGUCUGGAGGCGACCAGAGCGGCAGCUGGUCGGGAUGGCACGAUAAAGCAAAGAGGGAGCAAGGCCAUGGAUACCAGAGGUGGUCUGCGGGCAGCGAGGAUGGCCAACCCAAGAAGACCUGGAGCGACAGGGGCUGGGACGGCGACUUGGACAGCUGGGGCGGCCAGGGAAAAAGCAGUUGGAAGAGCAGCAAGGACUGGAACAGCAAGGCGGACGGUUGGCGCAGCCAUCGCAGAAGCGAUGGGUGGAACGACUGGUCCCAGAGCCAGAAAGAGCCGACCGACCAGCGGUGGGAUGACCAUUCCAGCGCCCAGAUGGACGAUUCGCAGCACAGCACAGGGCACCGCUGGGGCGACCAUGCUGGCGGCAGCGCGGAGUCUGCCGACUGGUCAGGCCAACAGGAUACCAGCAGCUUCGUGGUCGCGCCACCGCAGGCCAGCGCCUUGGUCGCGCGACCUCUGGUCGCGCGGCCUUUGGUCAGCAGCCAGAGCGGCUCUCCAGGCCACGAUGCCAGUGGCCAGAAGAAGAGUUGGACCGAGGAACAUGACUGCUCGAGGGGUUGGGACUGGCAAGAACACUCUGGCGACCAAGAUGGCAGCUUGACGGAGGAGCGCACCAGCGGCGGCAGCGGCCAGAUCGGCCCUCCUGGCGAUGAUGCUGGUGGCCAGAAGAAGAAUUGGGCCGAGGAGCACGACGGCUCGAGCCGUUGGGGCUGGCAAGAGGACUCUGGCGACCAAGAUGGCAGCUUGAAGGAGGAGCGCACCAGCGGCGGCAGUGGCCUGGACGGCGGGCAGCGGGUGGAGGGCGGAGCGACUGCUGACGACGGCACCCCCAUGCAUGCCGAAGCGGCGCCAGCGCCCGCGCCGCCCCUAGCGGACCCUGCGCUGGACCAGCCAGCCGCGAAGCCAGCGACGGUGGCCGACGGCGGCAGUGGUGGCGAACCUGCGCCAUCGCCAGCCUCGGGCUCCGCACUGCCGUCCCCGCCGCAGGUCCCUGCGCCAGGCCCGUACCAGCUGGCCGCGGAGACGGCGGCGGCGGCUGAUGGCAGCGCCCCCGCACUGGCCGAACCUGCGCCCGCGCCAGCGCCGGGCUCCGCGGCGCCGUCCCCGCUGCAGGUCCCCGCGCCAGGCCCGUACCAGCCGGCCGCGAAGACGGCGGCGGCGGCUGACGGCAGCGCACCCACCUGUGCCGAGCCUGCGCCAGCGCUGGGCUCCGCGGCGCCGUCCCCGCUGCCGGUCCCCGCGCCAGGCCCGUACUCGCUGGCCGCAGAGGGGGCGGCGGCGGCGCCGCCCGCCGUUCCCGCGGCGGAGCAGGGGGACUUGGCGUGCGAAGGCGGCCCGAAGGCUGGCGCGAAAGCCGGCCCGAAGGCUCGCGCGAAGGCCGGCGCCAAGGCCAGCGCCAAGGCCAGCGCCAAGGCCAGCGCCAAGCCCAGCGCCAAGGCGGCCGCCAAGGCGGCCGCCAAGGCAGUCGCCAAGGCGGCCGCCAAGGCGGGCGCCAAGGCGGGGGCCAAGGCGGCCGCCAAGGCGGGCGCCAAGGCGGCCACCCGCACAGGACGGAAGAGCGGCUAGUCAUACGGCUCCACCGUGGGCCCGCGGGAGAAAUACAAAGGCAGGCCGUAGCCCGGGAGCUUCAAGUCGGAC